AUGUUUAAAAAUUCUUACAAUAUUUAUUUUUGUGUAUUUAAGAAUAAAUAUUAUAUCAGAUUAUGUUAAUUUAUUACGGAGAAGCUUCUGGACUGGUGCUUCUGCGUUGCUUGUAGUCCAUGUGCAUCACGGUGAAUGGGGAUUUUAUCUCUCUCUCUCCCCACCUCAUCACCUCAUCUGAAGAAGUAAUUGGGAAUCAAACUAAUGUUCCUUCUGUUUGUUUAAAUAUAUCUAGAUCAAUUCCUCACACCUCCUUCCUUAUUGGAUCCACACCCAGAUGAUCCUUGGGCCAUCCUCCGCCGUUGGAUGGAAAACUAACGACGAAGAGAGAUCACUAUCUAGGGGUAAAACGGUAAAUAAACACCUCCCCGAUUCACUCGAGAGAUCAUCUACUAUAGCUUCAGUUCUAAGAAGCUGAAACUGGUUCACUCAAGCUUGUGGCCGUAUCGUCGUCCUGAACAACUGCAACCCCGCGAGGACGGCUACGCGGAAAUCCUGCCGCGCGGUGAGGCCCCACAAAACUUGCACGAGGACUCUGAGGACGUAGGCGGCGGCCAGCAGCUUCCCCUGGUGCCGGCGUUGGGCUAA